UUUUUCCCCCACUGACACACGGCAACUUUCGAACAGGAAACCUAUUUGACGCUUCGGCUGUCGCUGUCUCUGUAUUCACUGGGCGUGUUUGGGGCUCACCGCUCUAACCCAGCCAUGAGCAUCAUCGGGGCUGAGGAUGAGGAUUUCGAGAAUGAUCUGAAUGAUGUGACGGACGACCAGUGCACACACUUCAACAAUAUAGACCAGUUGAAGGAUCGGCCGACCCACCUGCUUGUCUUCAUACAGCAUGUCAUUCUACAGUUUGACCCGGCUUCGCUGCUGUGUUACCUCCAUGCUGACCUCUUAAAGAACCUCAGUGCCAAAGAGACCAAGAAGCAAUUUGUGGAGUUCUACAACACCUUCCUGGACAAGGGUGCAAUUCUCAGAGUGGUAAUUCCUGCUAAUUUAGCCCUUGAUUUGGACCGAACCCGUUCAGAUGUGCUCCAUGAGGACACCCAAAAACGCCUCGCUCAGGAUGUUCAGAGCCUGCAGGCUGCUGAAGUGGCCAAACAGCUUGAAGAUUUCAGGCAGAAGAGGAUGAUGGGUAUGACACCCAACGAGGCUGAGCUCAAUGAUGUGGAGAGUCACUAUCCCACCGACCGCAUCCCGAUGGAGAUGAAGGAGAAGUCUGUAGCUGAGAACCUGCUGGACAGGAUGUCUGAGACACAACCUUCAAUUGUCUCAGACGAGGAAAAAUGUCAAUCCAUCUUUUCCGCGGUGGCCUACUUCAUGAAGCACCUUGGGGUUAAAACCAGGGCAGUUGACAGUAAGAAGUCCAGAGGAGGCUUCUUCAGGAGACAGCUGGUAAAGAAGAAGGAUGAAUCCACAAAGGCCAAGCCCAGAGGGGGCUUUCCUGGCAUCCCGAGCUGGAUUGCAGGCAACACUGACGUCAAACCUAAAAUGGAGGCUGAAGCGGAAAAAGAUAAAGUGAAUCCAGACCGUAAGGGUCUAGCGCCCGGCAGAGGCUCCUUGACCGACCCUGCAGCCCCUUUCCUCAACAGCAGAAAGUCUUGUUCCAGCGGAAGCUCCUCCUCCGUGCCUACAUUAGAUAUCAGUGAUGGGUCGGGCAACAACAUCUGCACCACCAACAUCCCAGAGUUUUCACACAUGGAUGGCCUCUCAAGCAAUCGCUUAGAGGCACCGACCGUGUCAGACGGAGGCGACGUGUCCCCCAUCAGCCUGGGAGGAGGGCUGACCGUCAGGGAGCUCCUCUCACCGAUGGAAACUCCAACAGAGGAAAAUAUGGAGAAAGAUAGGAAAGUGGCGCGUAGCGAGAGUGCCCGCGUGGACCGUCACUCCUCUCGGCGCCGCGGCUCUUCCCGGGCCAAACAGUCUCGCUCUCGUAGUGAUGUGGACCUCCAGCCGCCUUCUGCCUUGACAACAACACCUGCACCGCUCACCCCCCAGCACCUCCAUCCUUUUGAAGGAGCAUUCUCACUUCCUGAAGGGGGCCACUCCCCAACCAGUCCCUCGCCACAGCUGGAGGAGAUGGAGCCACGCCUCUUGGAGUUUGAGCCGGACCCACCCAACUGGAGGGAGUCGGCUCCCCCCGAAGCCCUGUCUCGUCUCAGCAAGAAAGAGACCAAGAGGCAGGAGGUCAUCAAUGAGUUGUUUGCAACUGAGCAUGCACAUGUGCGGAUGCUAAGUGUCCUUCAGAUGAUCUUCUCCAAGCCGUUGGAGAGAGAGGAGCUCCUGACCGCCACCGAGUCGUCCGCCAUCUUCCCGAACCUGGAUGAGAUCAUUGAAAUGCACUAUAACUUCUACGAGAACCUGAAGAAGCUGCGUUUGGAUGACAACUUCAUAGUCAAAUCUAUCAGCACCACGGUGCUCAACAGAUUUGAAGGACCAGAGGGGGAGUGGUUCCAGAAAUUGACAGCCCGGUGUUGCAGUCACCAGUCCUGGGCCUUGGACCAGAUCAAGAGCAGGCAGAAGAAAGACCCACGCUUCAACUCCUUUAUACUGGAGGCAGAGAGUAAGCCCCAAUGCCGCAGGCUGCAGCUCAAGGACAUCAUUCCCAUAGAGAUGCAGAGACUGACCAAAUACCCGUUGCUGCUGGAGAAUAUUGCCAAGAACACAGAGGACCCAACAGAGAAGGAGAGGAUCCAGCAGAGCGCAGAGUGCUGCAGAAAGAUCCUCAACUAUGUCAAUGAGGAGGUCAAAGUGAUGGAGAACCUAUUGACCCUGAAGGACUACCAACGUAGACUGGACACAUCAGGGCUCAAACCCAGUAAUGACCUUUAUACAGAAUAUAAGAACAUCGAUCUGACUCAGAAGAAGAUGCUCUAUGAAGGCACUGUGACCUGGAGAGUCACAAAAGAAAAAGCAAUUGAGGUGCAGUGUGUGUUGCUUGGGGACCUGCUGGUGCUCCUCCAGAGGCAAGACGACAAAAUGGUCCUUAAAUGCCAGAGCAAGAGUAACAUCGCCGUGCAAGAGGGCAAGCAGAUGCUGAGCCCCAUCAUCAAGUUGGACUCGGUCUUCCUACGAGAGGUGGCCACAGAUCGGAAGGCCUUCUAUGUGAUAUUUACCUGGGACAGCGGUGCUCAGAUCUAUGAACUGGUGGCUCAGUCUGUUGGAGAGAGGAAACUCUGGACCGAGGUGAUAAAGUCAGCAGUGGAUGAUCUAAAGAAGAGUGGAGUACCCAUGAGGUUGAUGCUGCCUCCUGGAGGAGCUCUCUUCAGUCCCACCACGAUGACUGCCCCUUUGAGCCCGACUGAGAAUGGGGGUUUGAAAAGCAGCAGUGAUCGAGAUAAAGACAGCUUGACUGAUGACAAGUCUUCAGACCCCAGGCACAGGCUGAUUGAUUUCCUGUCAGACAAAGGCUUCGACUUGAUAGGCCACUCCAACAGCGAUCAGGAGAAUGUGGCCAACAGUGCUUUGGACCAAGUCAUGUCUCUAAAGAGGCUGUUGGUCGGCAGCAUCAGUCUAUCAGAAGACUCGCAGACUGAUGGAGAAAACGGAGAGGAGCCUUUGGAGAGGCCCAGUCAAGAAAUGGAUCGCUGUCAAUCAACAGAAGAAAGCCAGACCCCAAACAGGGGAGCGGAGGAGGAGAACGACAACUCUUGUGAAAAAGGAGGUGCAGGGAUGAAGGGAGAGGAGAGGAGCAUCAGUGCGCCCCUGGUGCUGUCCCAGGAGAGGAUGGAGGAAGUGUGCAGGAGGCUCCAAAGUCUGGAGGAACAACUAAAGAGACUACAGACUGUAGAAGAGGAGCACCACAGGCUGCAGGAGGCCCUUUCCAAGUUCUCACUGGAGGGGGGCAACUUCCAUUGAGACACCAUCACGCCACCUGCUGGCUACUAGAUUUUUACUGGUGCUGGUUUGGAGUGCAAGAGUGACUUUCAGAAGCUUCCCUGGAAAUUCCUCAUAAAGUCAUGCCUGGACCCUUUGCUGCAUUAGGGGGCUUCACGCUCAGUGCAGUGGUUCAGUGAUGGGACAUGGGAGGGUGCGUGCAUGUGUAUGUGUGUCUGUUUGUGUGCGUGCUUGGUAGAGAGGUAUAGAGAAAAAAAACUCCAAACAAACAGGACAUCCUACUUUUGAGUGGGAGAUUGUUUUUGCAUUGGUGCCAAAAAAACGGAAGCAAUAUUUUGCGGUGAGAGAGAUGCUGCCUAAUGAAAUGUAUUGAUUGCGAUCUGCUGUAACACACAUACGCACACCAGAGACAUGCACGCUAGAAAGUAAUCGACAUUAUUAGCAGAUAUGCAGUAAAAGAGAAUUCCUAUGCCUUUGCCCGCCAGCUUAGCUUUAGCCAGGUGGGAGCCUUAAGGGGCCAAUGUAGCAUUUGAAGAUGUACUGAAAUAUUACUGCUGAUAUAUAGUGUUAUUUCUAGCCUAUGCCAAAGUACCACAGAAAUGCACUUUUUUUCUGAUCAAAGUAAGUUGAAAUCACACUGUUUUUGCAAAAUGUAUUUACUUUUCAUUCAGUAUAGUUUUGAACAGAUUGGCCUCAUGAAGGCAGACUUCAUUGUCGAGAAGAUUGCAUGCAAGAAAGUGUGUGUGUGUGCUACAAAGUUUUUAAUUCAGGAUGUAAUCGUUUGGAGGGUUCUUACUGUUAUUUGGUCACACAGAAACAUUUAUAAAUAGUGGCACUAUCGGUAAACAUGCUGUUAUUAAUGGUGAUAAUGGUUUGUAUUUCCCACUUUUAUUUAUUCCGAUGAGUUCUGAUGAGUCAGUGAGUUUGUUGCCUUGCCUGAGUGAAAGUGUUACAGCACUAGGCCACGCCAAAGAAAUGGCAGAGCUUUGCGUUCAAGAAAAGACGAAACACAAGAAGGCAAACCUCGAAUGUGUAACGAAGCUCAAGGUCGAGCGUGAAGACGAAAGCUGGCGGGGUGGGGACUGGGGAGUGAGUUGAGAGGUUGCUUUGGUUUAUUUGAAGCCAACUUGAAUCAAUGGGUCAUGAGACGAUGUGUAGAAAACAUGAGAUUAGGAGUUGGUUCACUGUACUGGAAUAUGUAGACACACACACACACACACACACACACUGAGAGCACAGUGCGAGUGUUCACAAAGGUCAUUCUGGUGCCGGCAACAUUUCUGCUGCCUCACCUUUCCCCAGAUCCACAGCUCCUGAUAGAAAACAAGGACUUAAGAUGGGGUUAUAAAUUAUAUUAUAUAAUGUUAGUUUCACAUGUUAUUAGCAAAAUAUUAUAUUCUUCCCUGGUAGCAACUUUUGUAUCAAAGCUGAGUUUUUUUCUGCAGUUUCAGCAGUUGAUUGUAAUCAUAGUUCUGAUGAUAUCAUUUAUGAGUCAUUGGCACAGCUGUGACCUUUCACACAGGACCAAAUUCUGAAAGCACCGCUGGAGCCUCAGACGAGCUGUCAUUCUCUUCAGCACAUCUGUGUGGUAGCAUGACACCGAAUGCUGAUUCGGCUGCUUUUCCUCUCCUCAAACUUCAACAUGUGGCAACUCGAGUUAAGGGAUUUCAAAAGCAAAUCGAAGAAUGGAGCAUUGGUGUAAAAAUACUAAGAACUUCUGUUUUCUCCGAUAAAUACUGAGAUUAAGAAUGUUCGACUGCCCCAAGCCUUAUUACCCCACGCUGUAGAGGCGUCUUGCAUACGCAUCACAUUGUUGUGUUAAUAAGUGCGAGUAUAAGCCGGAGUGACUGCUACAAGCUGUAUGGUUCUAACCUGGAUAGAGGAUGGUUAUUAGAUGCAUGAUUGGACUUGUUCCAACAAGACGGGGAAGCCAGAGGAAGAAACAAAGGCUUGGAGGAAGGAAAACUGCGCUCUGUCAAGAUCAUGAUCACUUCCUGAUAUGCUUUCUCGACCGUUGUUGCUACAACAGCAAAUGCUCCCGUUGACCACCCUGACCCGCAGUGUGAACGUGUGCAAAUGAAUCACGAGAUGCUGAGUUACAUAAGUUCAUGUCUGAACAUUACUGCCAUCUCUCCCCAUGUCUUCUUCUUGUAAAAUGUACAUAGAUGUUAGCUUGAAGGAAUUUUUUUGUUUUGUUCUUUAGAUCAGCCCCACUCCUUUUGUUUAUUGAGCCGAUUGGCCACAUACACCUCUUGAUAACACGCUCACUUGUGAUAGCAUGUUCACCGUUUCUUACUGCAUAGUUUUACAUUUAUGUUGUUGUGUAUUUCAUUUGAGUUACUUAAACGGGUCUGGAAGGGUGUUUUUUUUACUACUUGUCUUUUGUUCUCAAACAAGCUUUGUAAUGAUGUACGUUGAGAGAGACGGGACGUGUCUAACUUGUCAAUGCAUGAAUGAAUUCAACAAUUAUGCAAACAUCGUGACUAUUUUGUUUUUGUGUGCAUGUUAUUAUAGCACAACCCUCUGUACUGUGGCUAUCCAGCUUUCCCAUGGGAUACGUUUAAACAAAUGGUCUCAAUCAGAGAUUUUUAAUAGUCAAACUGCAGUGGUCAGCAGGUGAAACCCAGUUAACAACCGCUCACAGGGAUUCCUUCACUUACUGGCUGAACGACUGCUCCAGGCACUUCUUGCUCUCUCUCCUCCGGAUGCCUUUCCUCAUGCAUUCAAUAUACAAGUACCUAGAUGUAUAGAACAUGUAUUUAUAAAGUGGUGCCUUGUUCCAAUGAUCAAGUUCUUUCUGUUUGGGCUAUUUUUCAUGGGAGGACAGUGGAAUCGACCUCAGAGUGAGAGACGUUGACAAAAUGACCGUUAACGGUUGAGAGAUCAUCCCAGGAUUCUUGUGUCCACCCCCAAUACAGCGGAAGGGUUUGAUCCCUCCACCAACUCAGCCAGCCGGGCCCUGUAUGGGAAAGACACCGCUCCUUGUCAUACAGGCAUCUGCCAUCAUGUCUAUAAAUAAUGAAUAUGCAAGAACUAUACUGUGUAUUUGGGAAUUGAUUAUUUUUAGCUUUUUAUCAAUCGAGACGCCCUUUAAUGAUGUAUACAUAAGGAAAAUUGUGGUACGUUGUGUUUUUUAAUUCUUCAUUUUUUUAAUAAAUUGGGGAAAUGUA